CUACGCUUUGUCUGCCGAUUCGGCCGACAAGUUGAAUGUCGGGGUGCACCAGUUCUCCGAGUCCCUGCUCGAAACCCCACCGGGGCUGGCCGCCCGGCGUCGCCGCGAGGCCGGCUUCGCCACGGCGCCCCGUGCGGGACGCGCCUGGGACAGGCCCCAGGCUUGCUCUUCGGUAUCGUGUAAUCUGCCUCGUGCACCACCUGCUGCAGCUCCUGCUCGAGGUGCAGGAAAGAGAUCUCGCCUCCGAGGCGCUCUUCGUGGCCAAGGCUGGCUUCGGGACCUCUGACGGGAGUGCUGGCCUGUACCAGUCACAGCAAGACGGGCGAGCCCCCGGGCCCCUCGGGAUCGCCGCGCCCUGCUCUGCCGACCAGCCGAGAGACGCCUUCAGACGCCGGGCCUCCGGUCGUAGGGGGCUGCGGGGCGGCGCUGGCAGGCGGCGCCCCCGCGGGGGGCCCCGCCGGCUCCCGGGGCUCGUUUCGAUUCCCCCGAUUCGCUUCGAUCCGAUUGUGGCCGCGCGCAGAGCGUGGCGAGGUGGAAAGCAGGACGGGCACGGCGAACGCCACGACGGCCAGGCCAGCGCCGUUGGCCCCGGGGCGUGCUCCUGCCGUGGCCGCGCGGCUGGGCAGGAGGCACGGAGGAGACGCAGCAGCAGCAGCAACAGCAGCAGCAGCAGCAGCAGCAGCAGCAGCAGCAGCAGCAGUAAGAGCAGCAGGGAGGCGGCGGAGGCUCGAGCGCCAGCCGCUGCUCUGGCACCAGCCCGCGGACGAUCCCCUGUCGACGGGCUCGCGGUCGCGAGCGCCGCCUGGGCAGCAUGGCGAGGAGUACGGUGCCAGCGUUGCAACUCACGGCGAUGGUCGCCAGGGAUCCGUGGCCUCAGGAGGAUCUCCCGGGGGACGGUGCCCACGAUGGUCACUCUGCACGUCUGCGUAACUCUGCCUCGCCCAGAACCUUCUCUGCCCGAACCUUCUCUGCACGUCGGCCGCUCGACUCUGCCACGACCGUGGUCCAUGACGCGUGGUACGAACUCGUCGGGCGUUGGGAGGAGUCCCUGGAGGAUAUCGAAGUCCAUGAUGGCAGACGCCUCGGAGGAGCGGCGGCUGCUGGCCAAAUCCUGCCAGGAGCUGGCGGACUCUCAUCACAGCGCGCUGAGGCAGCAGCUGGCUGACCUUGCGGAGAACGUCCGAGGGAGGCACGACGGCGCCCUGGACUCCCUGGUGCAGCGCGUCACCAGGCCGGGCGAGGAGCCUCGCAUGGCUGUCGCUGGAGGUGCCGGAGGAGCCAGCGAGCACGCGGGCAGAACCUCUCGGCAGCAGUUCGACGCACACUGGGAUGUCUCCUGUGAGACGCCGAGCACGCCGCCGCUGGUCUCACUGCAUCCUCCACAGGUGCAGCACCAUCAGCUGGGGCACGGGACAUCCUGCGCCGCAACCAUGACGUCUCCCAGGUCCAUGGAGAGAACACCAGCAACACCAGCAACACCAUACAGCUCUGCCGAUUCAGCGAUGAUGCAGAGCUCCAGCACAGUGGACGAGUUCGGGCUCAGCAGAGACUCGAGCAAACGAAAUCGCUCCGCCAAAAAAAUGUCAGUCAUCGAUAUGGCCGCUCUCAACUCGGAGUCGCAGACGGCUGUGGGCUAUCUCUCUUGGGUUGCAAGUGUUUGGGUAGCAAGGUGUUAUCUUGCAUGGGCUCGUAUCGAGGAGCCAGAGCGCACCAGCCUCCUCGCGACAGUCGAGCGGGAGACGCGUUUUUUCUUUGCGUUUGUCAUCCUAUGUAACGCUGCUUACAUGACUUGGUUUGUUAAUCAGCAGGUCAGCAAUCCGAACAGCAUCGACGAGUGGGUUCACGACGCUGACAUCUGUUUUUUGGUCAUCUUCUGGUUCGAACUUGGCUUGGGAAUAGCAGUGCAUGGAUUUUAUUCCAUUGGCGGAUUUCUUUUGCAAUCUUGACGCUGGUUGGAAUGUGCUUGAUCUUGCCAUCGUGUUAACCGAUACGGUGUACACGGUUCUAUCAAGAGGAAAUAUUGCGCAUUUUACCAUCGCGCGAGUCUUCCGGGGUGCGAAGAUCAUCCGGGUUCUUCGUGUUCUUCGGCUCGUCCAUUUUCUCAAGGAGUUGCGUCUUAUAUGGGAUUGUUUGAUCGGGUCCAUCCGUUCACUAUUCUGGAGUGUCGUUAUGAUGGUUCUGAUUCUUUUUAUGUUCUCCCUUGUCAUAGUGCAGGGGGCCUCGGAGUACUUGGCGGACAUCAGGGAUGACCAUGACUUCCGCGUAUCGGGUACGAUGCUCAUCGAAAAGUUUGGUUCAAUUGGAGAUUCGAUCAUCAGCCUUUACCAAGCUAUCUCUGGAGGAGAAGAUUGGGGUGCAUACCUCAAGGCAAUUUCGCCGAUUGGGCCGCUGUAUUCCUACCUCUUCAUUUGUUUCAUCGGGUUCUGCCAAAUCAGUCUGCUCAAUAUUUUGACUGGCAUUUUCGUUGAAAAUGCAUUACAGAAGGCUCAACCGACAAAAGAGCAAAUAGCCUUGGAGAAACACGAAGAAGAAACUGCUUUGAAUAAGCACCUCCAGCGCUUGAUCGAUGCCUACGAUCCGGAUGGGGAUGGGCGCGUCCCUGUGGAAGAAUUCUUCCUCGGGGUGAUCGGCAGCCCUCUCCAUGUCUACUUGGAUUCGAUGGAUGUUAGCGUGCAAGAGCUCAAAGAAUUUGUGAGACUCAUUAGCGCAGGCAAGAAGGGAGGCCCAAACGAUGGAACAAUCAGUGUGAAAACAUUAGUUAAUGGAUGCCACAUGGUCCGAGGCAGCGCCCGCAACUUAGACAUGCAGCGAGUCCUCGUCGGCCUGAAGAGCAUCAGGCGAAAGCAAGACUCGAUUCUGGGUAUUUUAAAUGACCAGGCUGGGCUUACGGACGAGGAGCGUCGGCGGAGAUCAACAUUGGUUGAAGCAUGCCGUUCGUAUUGUGACUCGCCGAGAUCUGAGCGUUCAGAGGGUCAAUGAUGCAGUUGACAGAAACUUCGGCCCUUGAGACGUGCGCGCUUGCAGCUAGGAAGACAGGGACUGAUUGAAGCAACAUGCGAGCCUUCCACAUAUCAAGUCGGCUAGAACCAUUGCGCGAGCUUCGUGCGUGAAACCAUUCUACGGCUCUUGGGCGCGUAUCACGGAGGAGGGACCGUUUGUGAGUCCGCCGAUACCUGUCCAAGACUGUUUUCCAGCGCUCUAAGGUGGCCUUCGAUGGCCUCAAGGAGGCCCAGGAGGCCCCCAGGGACCCAGGCUGAUCUCGGACUCGGCUCUCGGACCCUGAAAACUCGCCGGGUCCGAGACCAGCCGGGGCCGGAGUUCAGCGGGGUCCGAGACCAGCCGGGUCCGAGUUCAGCGGGUCCGAGAUCAGCGGGCUCCGAGUUCAGCCGGGUCCGAGUUCAGCCGUCGGCUGAACACGGACCCGCCCGCGCUCGAGGUCUCGCGGCCACGCGCUCGCGCGACCUCCCCGUCGCCGCCGAUUUUUGUUGGAGGCUCGGAGAUGAUGAGGCAUUCCGACCUGUGUUUGUUCGACGUGGCGUUGAGGAAGCCUUGGGGAGACCGAGCAAAAGCUGAGGAGUUUCCGAAACGUGUCUUAACAUGGUCCAUGAUUUUCCUUCGUUUAUUUCCGGUAGGGACACAUGUGGCUGAUCACAUGUUGAGACCAUUUAGGUUUUUUAAAAAACCCGUUCCAGAUGGCAUAACAUGCUGGAGUCGGUUUCGCUUUCGUGUUGGAGGCGCCCAAAACGCUUGUCUCCCGUCCUCUCCUCCUCCUCCUCCUCCUCGUCCUCCUCCUCCUCCUCUUCCUCCUCCCCUGUCGAGGGCCUGCCCGCGACGCGUUCGCCCGGCGGCGUUUGGCCGCGUCGCGCGGCCCGUCGGCCAGCCCAGGCUGUCUCUCAGCAUGCCGCGUGGGGCCGGGCACGCUUCCCUUCCCGGGGGGCCUCCCCGUCGUCCUCCUCCUUUCCCUCCUGUCUGCAGUGCGUCGUGGCCUGUCGCGCGCCCGCUGCACUACCAGCGCGAAGGCCGCCGGGAACGAGAAUCUCAAGUUUGUUUCCCCCUCGGUCUGGGUCAGGGGCCGUGGCCCGCAGGCCGGAGGGAGUUCAAUUGUGUCACUAUCCUGCAUGCAGCCGCGCAGGACCGGAUGCUGACCGGGACCUUCAGAUGUCACGACGAGGCGGGACUGUCGCGACCGACGAGGCGGGACUGUCGCGACCGCCUUGGAGUACCGAGUGGCUUCCGAGAUGGCUUUGCAUCGCUCGCUCCAAGACGGCCCCAAGACUGAGGCAUGUGCGCGUUCUGUUGAUAGUGCCUGGGUGCCUGGACCCCUUCCGCGAGUGGGCCCCGCAAGUCCUGGCGGCCCUGUCUUCCCACAGGGCCCGCCUCCCGCCCGGAGCCGUUUUUCCUGCCUGUCCUCCGCGGCUUUGCGAGGGCCCAGGCAAAUGGCGUUUGAGGAGGGUGCACGAUCAGUAGUGAGGCUGGUGGUGAUGACUGUGACUGUUCGUCUCCGGGCUUGGGUUGGGAGGAGGAUGCUUGCUGGAUGACAGAGCUCAAAGUGGCGACAGGCCGAGGAGCGCACAGGAAGCUGAGACUUGGGAGACUCCCCGUCCUCGUCCUGCGGUCCUCGGGACGAUUGUCGCGUAGAGGUGCGCUGCACGCGUCGGGUGCCGUUCCGAGGGGAACAUCUCCUCCGCGCCCGGCACAAAUCUUCUCUGACGGAUUGUGCUGACCUUGGUCCGCCAAAAAGGGCGGCGGGAAGGAGAGGG